AUGCCGAAUCGCAUCGCAGUGUAUGGCCAUCGGGGCUGGGUGGGAUCUGCAAUUGUUCAGAGUCUGAGCGAAUCGCCCGCUGUCGUCAAGGUUCUUUAUCGCCCAGAGUCCAAUGCCCGAGGUUUGCCUCCAAAUGUGAUUGCAGUUCAGGUUGAUAUCACCGAUGAGGAGGCUCUGGUGUCUGCUCUCCAGGAUGUCGAUAUUCUCAUCUCUUUGGUCGGCCAUUCUGCAAUUGAAUGCCAGUACGAUCUGAUCAGAGCUCUCCCGAAGACCAAAGUUCAAUUGUUUGUUCCUUCCGAUCUCGCUGUCAAAUACCGCGGGCAGGGACUAGGGAUUGAGCUCAUCAGUGCCAAGAUCAAAGUAGAGGAGGCAGCGGAGAGGCUGGGUGUGCCGACAACAGUCGUGCUGACCGGCAACUUCGCAGAAUUUGCGCUUGAUACACCAGCCAAGGGGGUGGACCAUAGGCAUAAUCGCAUCAUUUUCACAGGAAACAGUGCAUCGCAGCCACUGAAUCUCUGUACCCGUGAAUAUGUUGCAGCAGCCUUUGCGUCGAUUUUUAGCACCACGCCAAUUCGCGAGCUUCAGAAUCGCACACUUAGUCUAUCAGAACUGACACCCACUGGGGACGAGGUCGCACAAGCGCUCGCUAACCGGUUCGGAGCGACUCCGGCGAAGCACACGGUUUCGCUUGAAGAGGUCACUCGCCGGGUAGACGCCAUGAUCGAGGCCAACAACCCACUAGCGCUUUGCUGGUACACGCGUAAGAACUGGGGAAAUGGCGAUCAGCUGAAGUUUCUCGGGUCGGAUAUGUGGGAGGUGGAGGGUUAUGAGAAGAAAUCCAUUGAGGACCUGCUGGUGGCAGGAAAGCUCGGAAAGUAUCGGGCUCUGCCGGAAGAGGCCAUCAAGAUUCUUGAGGCGGAAUUCGUUGACUGUAAAUAG